CCAACAACUCCAUUUACACUCCCGAUCAAUCACCUGACUACUGAAGAUUCGCGUUUUCUCCUCUGGUCUUGCAUUUCUGCCCAUAUUUUGAGGAUUUUUUGAAAUGGCCAUUCACGCAGCUCGAGGAAAAUUAGUGUCCGUGAUUGGAGAUGAGGACACCUGCGUUGGCUUCCUCUUAGGCGGUGUUGGUGAAAUCAACAAAAAUCGUCAGCCAAAUUUCUUAGUAGUUGAUAAGAACACCAGUGUGAGUGAGAUUGAGGAAUGUUUCAAGACAUUCGUCAAACGUGAUGACAUUGACAUUAUCCUCAUAAACCAGAAUGUGGCGGAGCUGAUUCGCCACUGCAUUGACAGCCACACACAACCCAUUCCAGCUGUCCUUGAGAUUCCUUCGAAGGACCAUCCUUAUGAUGCCAGCAAGGACUCAAUUCUUCGUCGUGCUAAGGGCAUGUUCAACCCUGACGAAGUUCAUUAAGAUUCAAUCAUUAUUUUCAACAAAAUUAUCUUCAAAAUUAA